UCCGGUAGUAGAAUUCGCCAUCCUUGACCCCGUGACAGCCCUGAAUGGCGGUCAAGCUUAGUGCCGUUACGGGUCAUGAGUGCCGGCUUAUCAGCUUGCCAGACUCAAAAGGUCAUCUAUAAUAAACUACAUCCUAACCACACUCCGUGAACCUACCUUAUCCUCCCGUGUUUCUUAUCACCCGUGAAUUUAACGCGACUUUGUUGUUAUUUGAUAAACAUGUGGUCGAGCCUUGGUAUUUUGCUGCUUGCGUUUUGUGCAGUGUAUACAAGCGGGGCGAAAAAGCAUAAGAAAAGCAAAGAGAAAGAAGGAAAUAAAAAACAAGUCAUUGUUCUUCCGCCCCAUGGUCACAAAUCGAGCAAAAAUUCAGAAUUUUUUGUGUUUGGUCAUGGAGCUGGCAGUGGACAGUCAGAGGAAGAGCAAAUCGAUAAAGAGACGGUGUCCUCGCUUUCCAGUAACAUGGUUGCCGCUACCAACUUAAUGCGCUCCCAAUCAGAGAUCAUCCAGGCGCUCUCUAAACAAGUCAACGCUCUGCGCACCGCCGUGGAUGCCCAAGCACAGCUUAUCAACGCCAAGCGAGGCACUGACGUCCAAGAAUUCGAGGAGAUAAAAGCGGCCACCAAGAACACCACAGAUAUUGUCUCUGAGUUGGCCUCACUGUGGUCCAAGUCGGAGAAGAAGUACUCGUCUAAGGUCAAGGCGUUGAAGAGGACGGUGAACAAGUUUGAAGUGAUGCUUGAGGACUUGGAAGUGAAAUGGCAGAAGAGAUUUGCAAUCAUGUACAGCGAUUUGAAGCAAACGCGAGAAUCUGUCAUUGCUAUUAAGUCAACCACUAAGAAUAAAUCAGAAUGGCCCAGCGGUCGGUACUGCAUCCUCGCAAACAGCGAGUGUCCCGCGGGAUUCACCCGCCAGCAGUCUUUCGUCAAGGCCGUGUACCUUUACGCGACCACGAACAAGUUUGUCAGCGGAGGGCGCAUAGGCAGCAGCUACAUCGGUUGCUAUGGUGACAGAUGUGGCCAGUAUGGCAACUACGGGGUCGUGAACAUCGUGGGUUGCUGCAAGUGAAGAAAAUCAUUAAAAACUUGAGAAGUCAUUAAAAACUUGAAAAUCAUCAAAAACUUGGAUGGUCAAGGAUGUGUCAGAUUAGACCCAAUAAAUAGACACUUCAUCGGACAACAAGCAACAAGCGCGGGCUAUGAAAUUAUAUUGAGUCUAGUACAGCAAUGUGUGACCGAAGCUCAUCAACAGCUUCGCGUAAACACACAAAACCAGUAGAAAAGGGGGUGUUAUUUCAUAGUCAAAAACUAGCCGCAAUUGCUGAUCGAUCACUUAAAUAUAUCAGGGACGGAAUUACCCAACUUCCCCUGACAAAAAAAAAAGCAGAGUAAAUGCAAAUAAAUGAUGUACAUGCCUUAAAACUGUUAAUAUUUCAAUUUGCGAGAGAGUUUGAUACCAAUCUUGUUGUGUGAUUUCGUCCAAGAGAGUGUUAAUAUGGCGUGUUUCCAUAUUUUCGCUAAGAGGAGUCCAACACUCCAAGACUCACGAGAAAGGCUAACCAAC